AUGAAGUCUGGGUCUGGAGCCAGUAAUACAGGUACGACAACUUUUACAUCUGUGAAAAUACCCGGUAUUCUGGACGUGCUGAUGCUGGUUAUUAUCAAAGUAAUAGAGUGGCACAGAGGCUCAGAGGUUAGCCCUGUUGCCUCACGCCGACAGGGACAUGGACAGAGAGAGAGAGAGGAGGAGUUGCCUGACACAGCCCAGCCCAGGAGAAGACGGGAAAGUUCAGUGCACCAUCCGGAAGCAGCAGUGAAGUCAGGAACUGGGUGCUCGCUGAUCCCGACCCACACGGAGAACGUUCCAAAGGGCUGGUUGACCAUGAAGGAUCGCCUGGAGCAGCUGAAAGCAACAUGUGACACCGAUGACACGGAUGAGAUUGAGAUCUCCAUCGAUAACAAUGCCUUCAUGGACGAGUUCUUCGGGGAGUCACAAGACAACAGCAGUCUACGCUCCCUCAUUGACAAACAACCAAUCUGUGGCAACUCCUUUAACCUUCUGACUGGCACCUUGCUCACCGGCUUCCGACUGCACACGGGCCCACUACCUGAACAAUAUCGACUGAUGCAUAUCCAGCCUCCGAAGAAGAAAAGCAAACACAAACAGAAGCACAGUCGGACUCAGGACCCUGUUCCACCAGAGACGCCCUCCGAUUCUGAUCACAAGAAGAAGAAGAAGAAAAAGGAUGAUGAUCCUGAUCGGAAGAAGAAAAAGAAAGAGAAGAAAAAGAAAAAGAACCGUCAUAGCCCGGAGCACCCAGGACUGAGCAGUUCCCAACCCAGCAGCAGCAGCAGCAUGCGCUAAGAAGCCAGGGUGGCCUGAUACACCCCCACCGCCCCCUCCCCUCUGUCUCUAUCCCUGUGGAUUGGGGGAGAGAGAGAUAGAGAGAGCUACUGACCUGUUGGACCAGGGCUGGUGGAGGGAAGGGGUGGGGGGGGCGUUGUUAUAUGGAGCAAGUGUGUGGACCCCACAGGGAGGGGAAUGUAUAGAGGGGGGUGUUGUCGGGAGACUGUAAGCUGAGAUGAGAACAGGACAUGUACUGACCUGAAGUGCCCCCGAUGGUGGGUUUGCUUAAAUGUUUUUUUAUUUAAUUUUCCUUUGUACAAUAAACUUUUUUUUAAUUUAAA